AUGUCGAGAUAUCUCGCCCCUGCGCUUGUGGCGUCAGUGGACGAUCUAGUCAUCUACCGGAUUGAAGAUGGCCAGCCGGCUGCUACAGAUGCUCCAAGAGGAUUCUCCGAGCGGUUCAUCCACUCUGAAGUUUACAAGGCCUACCAAGGUGUCCAGGCGGUCGUGCACUCGCAUUCGCUUGAAGUGGUUCCAUUUUCUAUCUCGGCCACGCCACUUCGGGCCUGUUUCCACAUGGCCGGAUUUUUGGGUACUGCCGUCCCUGUCUGGGAUACCGCAUCGGUAUACAAGGAUCAUCCAGACGACAACCAGGAUAUGCUGGUGAAAAAUGUGAAGUUAGCAUCCGCACUUGCCCGAUCACUAGGUGACGGUGCUCCAGGUAUGCCCAAGCAUCCCGUGGCAUUGAUGCGUGGACAUGGCUUCGUGGCAACAUCAAAUAGCCUCGAAAUGGUAAUCUUCAAUAGCGUCUACACGGCUCAGAAUGCCAGAGUACAACGACAGGCACUUAGUCUGGGCACUGAGGUACAGGUCUUUACCGAGCGGGAAGCGCACGACACCGGCACAACAACGGGUCAAGGGGCUGUGAAGCCGUGGCCGCUUUGGGUGGCAGAGGUAUCUAAGUCAUCGCUGUACCAGAACCUAAUUUAG